AGCAACUUGCUACAACUAGUGAUUGACGAUUAUAUAACAUUCGAAAAUCAACAAACUGCAUAAGUUCGAGUAUGGUCUGUGUGGACCUCCCCACAUCGUGUGUAUUCUUCUCUUGCUCGAUGGGCAAGAGGGAAAUACAUCCGCAGAAAUGCGUUUUCCAAAAUGCAAAAGGCGAGGACGGCUCCCAUAAGCGAAAGAAAAAAGUAAAAAGAAAAAUGAAGAACAGUGCGCAGCAAGUGAAGACGAGAGCGAAGAAAGGGCAUAAAGCGAAGAAAAUUAAGAGAACGAAGAAAAUUAAGGAAACGAAGAAACUUACGAAAAAAACGAAGAAGAUUAAGAAAAAAUCGAAGAAAAGGCGUGUGCAGACCUCUUCUGAUCCUGCCCCGGAAUUGCCCACGACAGUCUCGCCGCCGAUUCGGGAGCAGGCAAGAAAAGAACAAGAACUAAUGCCAAAAAUGCCAGCAGCAGGAGCAGCACGAGCAGGCAGCGCGACGCCCACCACGAAGACGACUCCGGAAGAGGAAGCGAACAGAGCGCGACACCAAUCGCUCACGGAGCAAAUGGCCGAGAUUGUUGUGGACUUCAUCCUGUCGGGGGUGAUGCAAUCGCCGAGCGAAGUUGUUUCCUUCGUCCUUGUCUGCCUGAUGAGGUUUCCGAUUUCACAGCAGCAGAAGCCAGGGAGUACUUCUACACCCCCAGUUGGGGGAGCUGCAAAUCCAAAUACCACUUCGAUAAUUGACACUUCCGGCGACCCGAAGCUAUUAAGCUUCUGUCCGAAGCGGGUCCGGGCUUUGAUAGCGCGGGCAACGUCGGAGUCGAACAGGCGAAUGCUAGAACUGGUAGCGAAAAUCCUACCCCUGGAUCAGAAGCGAUCCUUGUGUCGCUUUUUCGGGAACGAGAUGGAGCACCAGCAUGCUUCUCCGGGUUUUGGCCUGAGCCGAGACCGGGACUUUUGGCUAGCCGUGGCGAGUGCGCUGCGCCGUGCCGCCAGCCGGGUGACCGGCGUGGUCCGGCAGGGCCUGCUGGAAGCGCAGCAACGGGCGAAGGAGGGCGAGGUCCUGAGGCUGCUGCGGGAGGCCACCGCCGGCAGCUACGCCCGGCCCGGGGCGUUCGAGAGAAUCGAGGCGGCCUGGGGCCAGCGGUGCGACGAGGCGCCGGCGGGGUUCCUGAACGUCGGUAUGCAGUGCAAAAAUGUCUGGGUCGGCAAGGUUGGAACUUGUCAUGCUAGAUCUGAAUCAUGGAGAAAUCUCUGUUGCAUGAUUACCAAAUGCUGUCCACUUUUGAUCAAGUUGAGAGGCACUUUCUCAUGCAGGGUAGGCAUGGUAGUGAUCUCACGGAAUCUGUCAUGCUAGGUCCUCCAUUACAACAGAUCACAUGGGUCAUGGAAAACCUGCAUCACAAGUCUAGCAAAGUCCCAGACCCAGACAUAGUUGCAAUUCAUAGUCGGCCCGCGCGUGCGGAUUUCGCAGGAGCACGCGGGCGAUCUGGAAGACUGCCAAACGCUUGGCGGCGUUCGUGUCAAGCGCCAGCUAUGGUGCCCGGGAAAAGCAUUGCGUUUGGGUCGACGGUACAGGAGGCGCUUACAGCUCGUGCGUUUUUGUGAAUGGUACCGUUACGUGAUGAGAAAGAAAUUUAUCGCGCAGAAACAAUUUUUGCAUACUUGACCAAACAAAGAGAAAGACGCGGCUUUGGUUUGCAUUGCAAGUAGCCUUUGUGGCGGCCCAUAUGAUUUUUCAACAGUACACAGCGGUAUGACCACGCAUUCCGCACUGCUAGUACCGACGUAGACGCAAUUGACGCAGUUUGCCUUUGAUGCCCACUUGCGUGGUGGUUUGACGUGGGUCCGGCGGACAUUUUGGAAAGAAUCGCGCGCCCCUUCGUUGGUGGCGCGCUGAGUAUGGAAGAACAAGCCGAGGACAGAACAAGGCCCAUCAUCGCCGGUCUCGCUUCGGGCGUGUCCACCGCAGACCAGGAGGGCGCGCUGCUCGUGAUCGAACCCCCGGCCAUUCCCGCGCCCGAGCGCGUGUUCCGAAAGAACGCGAUGAAGGAGCAGCGGACGAAGGAGCAGACGGCCGAGCGCGCCCGCCUCGCGAUGCAGCGGCUCGUAACGGUCGCGCUGGAUGCGAACGGAAAUAGGGGCACGUGGCGACGCGCCGUUUGCGGGGCGGCGAAAGUGUUUGUGCUCUACGACGCCCUCGUGCACAACUUCAGCCGGUACCUGGGGGAGGUGGAGUUUACCACGGGCUGCGAGAGAUGUGUUCGCGCGGCCAGCCGAGUGCACAAGCAAGUCACCGAGGUGAGACACAAGUUGGUAAACUGGAUCGGCAAGCACGCCGGCCGGGUCGCCGUCUGUCUGACCGCGAAGGCAAUCGACCAGGGGCCCCACGCGGCGGUGUUGCGCACGGGGCUGGAAAAAGGCGGGCACCCAGACGGGAAGGAGUUUUGUCUGUACUGCGUCGCGUUUGACAGCGACUUUGCGAGGCACGUUGGCGGCGCGGAGAUUCACUUUCAGAUGGAAAAGGACCAGAAACAGGUGUCUUCCACUUUGUUGGCUGGAAACGCGAACUAGACGCACUAUAACAAAUGAAAAUGACGAAGUGGUGGCGCUGUGAAAUUGCUGUGCUGAUUUCUCUUCUACUAAUCUGUACCAGCAGAU